CGGCGCUGGAGACGGCGCUGCCCGCACUGGAGACGGACCUGCCUCAGCUCAGCGCUCCGCUCUGCGUGUGUGGAUUUCCCAGCCCCCCUUUCCACUGCGAGACGUGGGAUUUUAAAAUGCAUCCGAGUCCCGUGGAUCUGUGCUAAAUGUAUAAAUAGACUUGCUCGUCGAAUGUCAUCAUCCAUCUGUAAUUGGACCGCGAGUGUGAGGAGGAGUGUGUGUCCCAUGUUGCACUAGGAGUGUGUGUGUGUGCGAUGCUGGCCUGUUUGCCAGGGCCAGGUGACCUCUCCCUUCAGCUUCUUCCCCACUCGCAGAUGAACACUGGACUUCAGAAAUGGGACACUACACGGAGGAUGAGAUCAGCUCAGUACCCCACCCCCGCCGAGCUGGACGCGUAUGCUAAGAAGGUCGCCAACAGCCCGCUCACCAUCAAGAUCUUCCCCAACAGCGUGAAGGUCCCGCAGCGUAGUCACGUGCGCCGCACCGUCAACGGCCUGGACACGGGCGUCCCACCUCGCUACAGCCCCUACCCCCAAUCCCAGCCCACGGCCAAAGCCGGCCUCCUCGCCAUCGUCAAGGCGCCCGCUGCCAAGGGCAUCAUCAAGGAUUUUGCCGGCACGCGGGCACGCCCGCAUCCCGAGGCGAGCAUGAGCGCCCCCGGGGGUCCGUACGGCCCGCCGCCGACGGCCACCUCGGCCAGCACUUUAGCCCUGCAGCACGGGCCACAGCCGCUCAGCGGCCCCCCGUCGCACCAGCCGGCGCUCCAGCCCCAGCAGACCGGAGCGCCGCCCCCAGGGUUCAGGCACCACCCCGCCGCGGCGGCCCAGCACCCGCAGGGCCUGGGCAGGACGCAACCGCUCUCGCACGCCCCCGCCCUGGCACACGCGGGCCCGCCGCCCCCCCUGCCCGCGCACCUGCUGCAGCAGCAGCAGCAGCCGCACCCCCAGCAACAGCCCCCGCCGCCGGGCCUGCAGGGCAGCGCCAGGAAGCUGCUGGAUGCCGACGCCCCGCCCAACGUGACCGUGUCUACCUCAACCAUUCCGCUCUCCAUGGCCGGCGCCCUGCAUCAGGGCCGGCCCGCCGACCUGAGCAGCAUCGUGCACCAGAUCAACCAGUUCUGCCAGGCGCGGGCCCAGGGUGCCGGCGCCACGUCCGUGUGCGAGGGCCAGAUCGCCAACCCCAGCCCCAUUAGCCGCAGCCUGCUCAUCGACGCCAGCUCCAGGGUGGCCGUCCACGGCGGGCACCCCGCCGGCCCGCCCCCGGGCCUCGCCCACCCCUCUUGCGGCGUCGGCGCCCCGGACAAAGCGGCCGUGCCGGGCGGCGGCCCCCCGCACGGCAUGGGCGCCAUGAGCCGCAUGGCCGUGUAUCACGGCGAUGUGAAGCAGCAGCCGCACCACGCCGCGCUCCUGCAGCACCCCCACCCGCAGCACCAGAACCACCAACAGCACCCGGGCCGCCACCACCACCACCACCACCACCACCACCACCACCACCACCAGCCGCAGCCGCAGAUGAGGCCGUGGGGGCAGCACCAGCUCGCCCACCUGCAGCAAAUCGCCGACGGGGCCGGGCACCCGUGCAAACCCCCUAGCCGGGACACUGGCUACCCCUGCAAGGGCAUGAACUACCCCCCGGAGCUGUGCAUGGGGCAGCCUUACACUCUCAAGCCCCCCGUCGAUAAGCCCACGCCCUCCCCACCUGUGGUCAGCAACAACAACCACAACGGCAUGCCCGCCGGCCCCGUGGCGCACUACACUAACGGGCAGUACUACCACCAGCCGUCCGUGUGGGGCAGCAUCCUGCCCACACCCAACAGUGACAGCUCGGGGUCGCAGGAGCUGCCCGCACCGUUCCAUGGCAGCGCGGGUGGCGCCAACCCCGCCGCGGGGGUGGAAUGCGCCCCCGUGGGAGGUACGGCCCAUUACCGGCCAGUGGGGGGAGCCACCGCCGGGCAGACUAAUCUGAUGCAAACGGCAGAUUACAUGGGAGGAGACUUCCAGACGCCGUGCUUCCGAGAUCAAAAUCUGGGCCUGAUGGGGAAGAUGCACAGGCCGCCCCCGAUGGGCAGGGUGGUGGCUCCACCCUCCGAGGCCCGUGGCCAGCACCCAGGGUACAGAUAAGCUCCAGCAGGUGAGCCUCUGUGCACUAUAGGUCGCCACACACACUCUCGUACUCUACACGCUCCCUGUCUUAAAAUGGAUACUACUUAACAUGUGCAGAGGCAUUAAAAACUAAAUCGCGUGAAAAAUCCAGUAACAUCAGAAACAAAACAACACUACUUAUAAGAACUCAAACACAUCUAACACAAAGCAGUGUUCUCGCUAUUGGGCUUUUUUCCUUUAAAUCAUCAGUCUUGCAAGUGAUCAAUUGUUUUUUUGUUUUGUUUUUUUAAAGAGUGCUUCGAUCAGGCACCUUUAAUGGUCUCAGCAUGGCCCCCAGUUGCACACCUUUCCCAUUCUUUCUCUGUAUGACAGUUACUUACAGUCCUGAUAAAUAUCUUCUGAGGUGUGCAAACAGUUUGAAGUGGGAUAAAGGAACAAUAAUAUCAUAGGCUUCCGAUCAGUCUGAGCUGCCCGCGCUAGCCAUCAGCUCCCCGCCCCCGACCUGCUGGACAAGAUCAGUUAGCGCGCUCGUCCUCGGGCCCACGUUUCACUUUGCUUCGCUUCGCUUUUUAUUCCCGUUUCUUUGUUUCCAUUUAUGACCUGUGCGAGAUUAAACCCGCCCACUGGGGGGACUGAUGGUUGCGCGUUAGGUCCGCGGAGACGGCGCGCCAGUGAGGAAGCAUGCUUGUCCAACCAGGUCCAGCUUGGGACUUGAAAUGACAGGAGCAGAAUCUGUCACGCCCCUCCUGCAGCCGGAAAAGCUGCGAAAAAUCGGGUGUCCAUUUAACGGCCCGAGUCCCUUAUAUCUAUGAAGUCGGUAGCAUGAUUGUGGAUUUUUAUUUUCUUAAAAAGCCAUUACUGGUGGCUUUAAAAAAUAAUAAUUUCUUAAAUCUACAUGGAAAUGUUGAGCUUCAAGGAGUGCCACUGUACUUCUGUUUCAUUUCCUUAAAAUACAAAAACUUACUACUUGAACCGCAGGGGGUAGUCUGUCCUCUUGGAUAGCUUGUAUUAAAGUUAGCAGGACUAAACAUACUACUGAAGAAGAUUGUGUAUUGUGGAUUGUUACUAAUAUCAUUUAGAAACUAACUAUGAACCAAAUUGAGUGACAUUUA